AUGUCUCAUCUUCCACUUUUUUCCUCUGGUGAUGGCAAGAUAUCUGAUCAGGGUGGUAGGGCCAGGACCGCCUCGACGGCCACGCUCACAGACGGUACUAGCAUCUAUGGGAUCUACACCCCCAGCCUCACCCACGACACACCGGAGCCCACGGUCUUAUUGCGCGAAAUUCAACAGGCUGCCGAUGACAUAUCACAGCUCGUAGGGCGAUUUGGAUUCAAGAUGGCAAAAACGCUGACGACUCCUUAUAUCAAAAAGGCGCUUUUCGCGGACAAGAAAUUGCUUCGACUACCGUGCCUAAUGUUCUGUUCCAAACCAAUCCACGACUCGACUUCGGCACCGCUGCUGUGGUGGCUCUGGAACGAGCUACUCGACGUCCUGCCGCCGAUAGGCGAGACGCGGAACUGCAGACUCGACUUCAAACCCGCCUUGAGGACUGACAUAGCCCUGCCCUAUGCGAUCACCAUCGACAUUUCAAGCAAAAACAACAAAGACAACAUCGAGCUUACUGCGUCGUAUGGC